UCAUUCACUAUGACAAUAUAAUGACAUUAGCCUAAAAUUUGUAGCUAGUGGUAAAUAUAUAUAUAUUACGUAAUUUAUUCAUUUACGAAGCUAAUCUGUUCUCAUUUUUAAAUAAAAAUGGGAAAAGCUUCAAAUACUGGGGGUGUUAAACCUAUGUCCAUCGCCGGGCGAUAUGUGGAUGAGCGAGAACGACUUUUUGGAAUGACUGAUGCUGAACGAGCCUUUCGUAAACAAUGGCUGAAAGAUCAAGAAUUAUCGCCCAAUGAACCGAGGAGAGUUCCUGAAAUGUACAAGGCUACCUAUAAUCCCAUUCGAAGAGCGUAUAGGUGGCCACUGGAUCAGUUGGCAAAAGCAAUCGAACCCGUUGUUGGGGCUCAAAGAGCAUAUUCUAUCAGAUAUUUCACAGGCAAAAUAUUUUUAGGAGUAGUUGGUGUUUACUGGUUCACCUACUAUUUCAAAUAUAAUAAAUCUGAUUGGACUCGGAAAGGUGGAUGGAGAGUUUUGGAGUCAAGAGUGGCAGUCUACGAAGGAGAUGAAUCGUAUCCAAAACUAUCUGACAAGUUGAAAGGAUCAGAUUACGGGGGCAGAGGUUUUAAUGACGUCAAAUUAAAUCUGUGAAAAUAUUGGUGAGGAGUUUAGAGCUUUGAAGAUGUCAUUAUUGUGUAGUAAAGUUAUGGAACUGAUUGAAA